AUGGCUCCGCGCUUCUUCGCCUCGCCUUACAAGAAUGCUGUCGCCCAAGUAGGCAAAGUGAGUCGGGCUUAACUCUGCUGUCGGCUGGGAAUGGUCAGGGCUGACGCUACAUCGUCCUGCGUUUAACGUCUGGACAGAUUGAUACGUGGUGGUCCGAACUUCCUGUCUCGACCGCCGCGGCUUCGGACAGUGCCAAUCUCAUCAAGACGUGCUCAGAGUACUGGCUCGCUCAAGGGAAAACAUCCGGUGAGAGCCACGUCUGUGCAAGCGUCGCACACUGCAACCAGCGGGUUCGGCUGCCCAGCGAGGACGGCCCUGAAAUCGCCGCCUUCACCUCCUGGCCGGUCUGAUCUGCCCACGUUCUGGACCACAGGCUCUCUUGUGUGCUUACCCUACGACCAGCCGGGAAAAUUCAAUCAACGCGCACCAAGCCUCCAAGUCGCCCCUCGCGGGAUCACCGACUUUGACCUUUCCCGCUUCGACGACUUGCUCGCUGCCGGUACCGACAAUGGCCAGGUGAGUUCCCGCCCUGAGCGAUUUGCACUAUCGCAGCAACUUUCCCCGCUGCAACUAGUCCUUUUCUGGACGCGCAGAUAUUGGUACACCAUCUGCCCGGUUGGGACGAAUUUGGCGAUGGAUCAGGAUCUGCCCUUGCUCCGCAACCGGCACUUUCGGUGACUCAUCCGUCGGGUCGCAAUAUCGAUACACUGUCGUUUCACCCGACGACAUCGAGCUUGUUGUUGGCCGGAUCCGGCUCUGUUGUGGCCAUAUACGAUAUUCAAGCCCAGUCCGCAACUCCGGUCUUCACUCUGGAGCAGCCCAAGUCGGUGUGGUCGGCCAAGUGGAGCUCGGACGGACGGACCAUCACCACGACCGGCAAGGACGGUAUCUUGAGAGUCUUCGACGUCCGAGACAAGACGGGCAAGAGCUCAGCGGAGACAAGUAUCCAUGCCGCUCUCAAAUGCUCCAGGCAUGUGUGGCUCGACGAUGAUCGAGUCUUCACGACGGGCUUCAACCGCAUGCGCGAGCGCGAGUUCGCCCUCCACGACGCCAGAUCACUCGGCACACCGAUCAAGUCACAACGUCUGGACAACAACAUGGGCGCGCUGAUACCCAUACUGGACAGUUCGCGCAACAUUGUCUACCUCGCUGGGAAGGGCGACAUGACGUUGCAUUGGGUCGAAGUCGGUGGGCCGGCCAUGUUCACCGCCGGAGCCUCGCCCCUCCCGGUAGCCAUGGCAUCGGCCGCGCUCGUCCAACCGUCGAGACUGAACCUCAUGAAGGCCGAGAUCAAUCAUUUGGUAAUCUUGAGCAAUGACGCAGUACUUCCGGUCCCAAUCGAGGUGCCCCGCAGACAGUACAUUGAUUUCCACCAAGACUUAUUUCCGCCGGUUGCUGCGCGCGUUCCAGCUCAGGAUGCUAGAGCCUGGCGAAAGGGUGGCGACACCGCAAUCAAGUUGGAAACGCAGAACCCCAAUCACCAAAAUCGCUCUAAUCGACAAAAAAACGUCGCGGAAGCUCUCGCUUUAACACCGGUUUCGGCCGAGCAAUCGCGUGCGGAGCAAGAAACCGUCGCGGAUAAGACGGAAAUUUCGGUGUCGGCAGAGUCGGAUUUUCCAAUCCCUACUUUGGAGCCACGAGCUCAAACUACACCCCGACCGCGACCGCCUUCACCUGCGGCUAAGUCCCCGUCGCUAACCGCCAGCCCACCUAGGUCGAAAGCGAAGACGACGACCUCAUCGCGCCCCACGUUUGGCCAAAAAGCGAAGCCGACUCCAUCCACUGCGCCGGUUGCGCCCCUCACGCCCGCGCUUGACACGCUGAAGCUUGAUUUAGAGCAGAAAGUACAGGAUGCUACAGGUCAAGCACCGACACCAUUACAUGCGCCCACGGAAACGACGGCCGCUCGGACCGAGCAAUUAAAGCUACAGCCGGCGCGAGUUGCCGGGGCAAAGGCCUCGCCUGCGGAGAAGCCCGCAAACGUCAAAUGGAGUCGCGCGUACCUGCUGGGAAAAACACCUAUGAAACCGACUUAUCACGUUGUCCACGGGCUGAAUGCAACCGUGGGCGCCGACACACAGAUGCUGAAGGUGAGUUUUUACGGGUGAUCUCAAGGGCUUUAGCCUCCCAGUUGAACAUAGGAAUACUUGCUUCCCGCGUAGGCCAACUCGUUCCAUAUGUUUUUCCCCUUGUCUGGCGCUGGAGGACGUCUUGGAGUCCACCCUCUAGCAGCCUCAGGGCGGCUACCGACCAGCAUUCCGUCUUUAGUUUGUGGGGCGACGAUCAUCAGCUUCGAGCUAGAUCCUUUCGAUCCGAGACGCGUGUUCAUCGCGAGCGACGAUUCUAAGAUUCGUGUCUUUGAGCUUCCAGAAGGUGGACUCGAAGCAGAUUGUGGCGAAAUAGCCGCCGUCCUUCAAGGUAAGCAGACCCGCCUUACGACUCCGAUUGAGUAUUGCUAAGCCUUCGUUUGUGCGCCGCAUAGAUCCUGGGCUGGAUCGAAUUGUCGAGCUCAAACACCACCCGACCGCAAGGAAUACCCUGCUCUCAAUUUCGGAUGAUCACGGCCACCCCAGCGCGCGUAUUUGGGACCACUCUGCGGGCAGCGUCUUGACGUCCGUGGCACUUCCCAAGGGCGGGGUAAGUAGAGUGAAUGGCGCUCGCUCGAGUGCAUCGUAUAGCUCACUCUACGCCGCGGCUUUCAGGUGUCCUCGGCAGCUUGGUCGCCUGAUGGUUCCCGAUUGGCGCUCGCGACAAAAACUAAAACCGUUCUCGUUCUCGAUCUGCGAUCCCCAAGCUCGAUGAUGACGACCGCGGCGCACGAUUCGAUCCGACCUGUGCGAGUCUGCUGGACCGACGAUUCACAUCUGCUCUCGACAGGCUUCUCGCGCUCCGCCUCUCGUGAGAUCAUCCUCUACUCGAUCGCGGAUGGAGCACUCUCUGUUGUGGGCAAACAAAUGUUGGACGUCUCGCCCGCACCCUUGUUCCCGCAUGUCGAUCUCGACACAAACGUCGUCUUUCUCUACUCGCGUGGCGAUCGCUCCUGCCACGCGUACGAGAUCCAACCCGCGCAAAAACCGUCGCCCUUUACCAAGCUACCUUCGUUUGAAACGACGACCCUGCAGAACGGGUACGCGUUCAUGCCCAAGCGGAUGAACGAUGUUAAACUCGUGGAAAUCGCCCGCGCUCUGCGCUUGACGGCUUCGACGGUCGAGGUCGUGACGUUCACCAUCCCAAGGAGCAAGACCGAGUACUUCCAGGACGACAUAUUCAUCCCCACGAGGGAUGUCGAGACGCCCUCUUUGAAUGCGCAAGAAUGGAUACAAGGGCGUGAUGUGCUGUCGAAGCGACUGGACCUCCGUCCCGAAGGCAUGAUGCCGCUGUCGGAAGCACCCCCUGCUGCUGCCAAAGUCAGCACCCGUUCGAUGGUACGUUUCAGAUCGAGAUCGUUAUGACCUGUACAAUACGAACGCUGACAACGAUGCUGGGUUCCUCAGAUCAUGGAAGACGGGAUGACUGAAACGCAAAAGACCGACGCUUACAUGGAUCGACUGUUCCAGGUCAGUACCGGUUCCACCGGAGUUCGAUGGGUGGAAUCACUCGGUUGAUAUGUAACCUCUUUUCCUAUUUGAAUAGUCCGCGAAAGAAGGAGGGGAUGAAGAGCUCGUGCGAUCAAAGCACACGCCCGUUGAUGAUGACUGGUAA